AUGUCAAACAGUAAGAAGGAGAUGGAUACCAAUCUAUCCGGAGUAUCUAAUUUAUUCUAUGGUCUCAAUACUGAUGUCAAGAACAAUUCGAAAGAUGUAAGUGAUUUAAAGAAGAAGGUUUCAGUAGUCAAGGAGAGUAUUAACUCAUUACCCCCACCUGACAAUAGUGGUGAAAACCUCAGGAUGGAGCUCACAGACCUUAAAUGUAGGUUAAUGAGACAGAACCUCUUAUUUUAUGGAAUCCCAGAGGAUGAGGAGGAGGAGGAGGAGGAGGACUCCGACGAUGAUACCUACGUCAUUUUAGAAAAUUUACGUAAUUUUCUCCGCGACAAAGACCAGAAUGAAGCCAUUUAUUUUGGACGGAGGUUUAAACCUUUUGUAAAACAAGGCUUUAUGAGUGGUGGGGCAGGCUAUGUGCUUAGUCGACAGGCGGUUCGAUCUCUUGUACAGUACGGAAAUUCUACUACUUCCUAUCUGAACUCUAAAUGCGAACCCACAACAUUUAUCGGCGAGGAUGUUCAGCUUGGCCAGUGCCUGGAAAUGGUGGGAGUGAAGGCUGGAGAUACACGGGACUCCGAAGGAAAGGAGAGAUUUUUUCCACUACGACCAGAAGACCAUAUCGUACGGGGAAAUAUUCCGAAAAAUAGCUGGUACUGGUCUCACAUCUAUUACCCACACUUACAGGGUUGCAGUCGCACAGCGAUAUCCUUCCAUUACAUCACGCCUAACAUGAUGUAUGCCAUGGACUACUUUGUGUACAAUUUGACGCGCUAG